AUGAAGCUGGGCAAGAACAAGUGGACCGGCGCCGAGUGGUACCUCACGUCGUGGCGCUCAGCCGACGACCCGUCGCCGGGUGCCUACCGCCGCGCGCUAGACACCAGCGGGCUGCCCGAGCUUGUCGUGUGGCAGGGCAACGUCAGGACCUACCGCACUGGCCCGUGGAACGGCCGUUGGUUCAGCGGCGUCCCGGAGGCGUCGGCAUACAGGAAUUUGAUCUGGUACCAGGUGACGACAAGCCCGGCGGAGAUAUCCUACGGCUACACCUCCAACCCCGGCGCCGCAUUGACUCGUGUCGUGCUCACCGACACCGGCAUGGCCAAGCGCCUGUGCGGGGCGUUCGGGCUGUGCGACGCCGGCGCGGCGUUGACGUCGUUCUGCAGCUGCCUCACGGGGCUCAGCCCCGCGUCGCCGCCGGCGUGGUCCUUGAGGGAUACCUCGGGCGGAUGCAAGCGGAACGUGAAGCUGGACUGUACCAGUAAUGGGAGUGGCACGACGACGACGACGACGGACGGUUUCCUGUUGGUGCACGGAGUGAAGCUACCAGACACGCACAACGCGACGGUGGACAUGAGCAUCACGGUGGAGGAUUGCAUGGCGAGGUGCCUCGCCAACUGCUCGUGCUUGGCCUACGCCGCCGCAGAUAUCCGCGAUGGCGACGUCCUCAGCGGCUGCGUGAUGUGGACGGAUGAUAUCAUCGACCUUCGAUACGUGGACAAAGGGCAAGAUCUCUACCUGAGGCUGGCCAAGUCUGAGCUCCCGCCGGCGCCCUCGCCACGGCGGCGGCCAUUUCCUACUGCACCAGUUGUCGGUGCAUCCGCAGCCGCCGUCGCUGCCGUGAUUCUUACUGUUUUGUUGGUCGUAACUGUGCUUAGGAGGCGCCGGCAACCUAUAAUCCCAGCUGUUCAGAGUGUCCCUUCUACUGAACUACGCAGACCUCCGUCAGUCGCUUCCGCUGGACAGCCUAGUCCUGUUCUCAACGUGUCUUCUGCUGAAUUGUCUGCUUUGAGGAGGGCUACAAAUGAUUUCUCUGUAGACAAUGUCAUUGGCCGUGGAGGAUUCAGCGCCGUAUUUGAGGGGAUUUUAACUGAUGGUAGAAAGGUUGCAGUAAAGAGCCUCACACGAUCUUAUCUUACCGAUGAAGGUGGUGAGACUUUCAUGAGACAAGUGGAAGUGAUGUCAAAGCUCAAGCAUGACAAUCUUGCUCGUCUCCUUGCUUAUUGCAAGGAUGGAAAUGAGCGGAUACUAGUCUAUGAGUACAUGGAGAACAGGAGCUUGAACAUAUACAUAUUCGCAAGAGAUCCCAAGCACCGUGCUUUGUUGAAUUGGAAGCGAAGGCUGGAGAUAAUUGUAGGGGUCGCCAAAGGCGUUGCUUAUCUGCAUGGACAGGAAGUGAUACACAGGGAUCUGAAACCAUCCAAUAUACUUUUGGAUGAAAGUUGGAGAGCUAAGAUUGCAGAUUUUGACACCGCAAAAGUGUUCGUCGACGACCAGACAAAUCCGACACUAGUACAGACAGAGUAUGACGACGGAAACUUGACCCCCUCGUCUACCUGUUUCAAUUCAAGUGCAGUAGAAUCAAUAGAUAGGAUUGAUCCUAGCAUAGUAAACGGAGACACGGCGUCCUGGAACCAGGCUACCUUGGCCAACGCCUCCAUCCAUCUCACGUAG